AUGGCGAACCACGCUGCUGCCGCUCUCCUGAUCGCGUCGCUCCUCGCGGCGGUCGUCCUCGCCGACGCCAGGGUCACCGUACAGGUGCAGCGCGACAUUGUAGGAGGUUACGCCGUGAAGGCGGUGCCGGCGCUGAAGUGCAGCGAGGUGCACCAGGUGCAGACGGACGACACCUGCUCCUCCGUCGCGGCGAGCGCCGGGCUGUCCGACGCUCAGUUCCUCGGCUUCAACCCCAACAUCAACUGCCUCAAGGUCUUCCUUGGCCAGUGGGUCUGCCUCGACGCUUCCUCUGCUUAA